AUGAAAUCUAUUGUGCCUUCUACUUUUGUCUCCCUUGUUUUCCGCGCUUCAAAUUCCACCAUGGCGAGUGGGGAAGAGGACCAGGUGAAGAACAUUGAGAAUCCGAGGCGGGUGCUGGCCGUCUCGCUCGAGUCGGCAAGUCAUCACCUAGGUCGCGUUGUCAAAGAAGACCCCGAGGAUUGGGCAGAAACCUUCCUCUCCCCCGAAGCAAAGGAAGUCCUUGAUGCAUUAGGCGGCCUCGUCCUGGUAUUCGAGGUGCCAAAGCUGCAACGCGCCGGUGCUUCCAAACACGACGAGGAGCAUCUUAUCGAGCAUGUCGGCAGAGUUGUCAAAGACGGUCUCGGAGGAUGGGGCUGGGACGGAGUCGCCUUGGCCAUAGGUCUAGGAUCUGAUACGGACGGCCACUGGGAAGACCUGUGCGCCGAGGCCGGUCUGGAGCUUGUUCUCGUGUCAGACAACGACGCCAAAGGCGCCCGGAACGAGUUUGGAGGCCAACGACUGGGCGGCGCUUCCUGCUACGGAUGCGGAAACCCCGAGAAAGAAGGAGGCGUUGACGAGAACGAGGACGCCGCCUCGGAUUCUGAUUUCGACGUCUACGGUGACAAACGAGACUUUGAAGGCCUAAGGCAAGCCAUCCUAGAAGCUACCUUGGAGAGAGAGGACCCGGAGGAGCCAGCCGGGACACAAACUACGGGAGGCGGUCUAGCUGGUGGCGAGGAGGAGAUAAAUGAGGAAGACGUCCAGAAGCUGGAGAGGAUGAUGAGCAAGCUGAAAGCCGUGAGGGAGAUGGGUGAGGGCAUGCCCGAGGAAGAGAGGCGUCGGAUGGCAAGGCGUGCCGUGGACGAGGUCAUGAAGGAGCUGUGA